AGCGGCAUGUUGAAUAAGAAACACCACUGUGGACUGUUGGAAAUUUUUUUGUUAUCGUAAUACUAUAAAUUUAUUAUAUUAUAUACAGUUAUAUAUUAUAUGUGACUAUAUAUUUAUUAUAUUUAUAACUACACUUAAAAUAUUUCCUUCUCUCUUUGUCAAAAAGAUAUGAGUUAAGUAAGAGAACGAAGAAAAUGUAGAUUAAAAAAUUUAUUUAAUAGUCGAUUUAAUCCGAUUUUAAAUGAUUUUCUCAUCAUUUCGGAGCACUUAAUUUCUUAAUUAAAUCCCUUUUAUUUAAGAUAUCUUCUUCCAAAAAUAAUGAAUUGAGAGACAAUCUUCUCAAUCGUUCUGAAUGUUCAAUUUAACUUGGUCUUACGAACAGAUGUAGAGCAUAAGGCGAUCGUGUGUUUGCGAGCCACUGUUGUCAGUCCUUGAACGAUUGCUGAUGAUAGAACACUGUAGUCUUUUUGGGUGGGUCAUUCAGCUUGUCUUAAUAGUCUGCCGAGCAGUUGGGUAGGAACAUAGGGGCUGACAAAAUACAAGGAGGCCUCAGUUCUUCUUUGAUCUCCGCUUGGUAAGCAUAUGUUUCUUUAAGCAGUUUUCAAAGCCAAAUAAGUUAGAAAUCUAAAGUGAUUGUUUAAUUUUCCUUUGAACUUGGAGAUUUUUUGUGAAUAUUUAAUAAAAUUCUCCAAACACAAGAGAAUUUCUAUUUUAUUUGCAAACUCGACGAUUACUCGGUCGCGGAUCUCGGUAGAGUAGUUUGCAAGGCUAAUCUUCGAAGAGCGACGAAUUCGUGGGAAGAAUGAUGGUGUACUUCUUACUCGUCGGUUGCAUCGCGCUGUUUGGCGUUCACUUGGAGUCGUUUGUCUUGGCCGCACCGUCGAAUGGAUACGGCUUCCCCGAACAGACGACGACCUCCACCGUCGCUGAGAGUCAGAACAGGGGCGAACGGGACGCGACCACGAGCAUCAAUAAUCCGGAAUUCGCCUGCCCGUGCUUGACAUCGUUCAAUAGCUCGACGAUCCCCGGACAAUCGGACUGGACGACGCAGCAAAAGCACCAUCUCGAGCAGUUCUACACUCAGAACAUGAUGGUGCACGGUAUGAUAUGCACAUGCAACACGGCCAUGCGUAACGCCCCGAUGAGAGACGAUUAUCAUUACACAUUGGGUAUGGGCGCGCAUAAGUUGCACACGAGGGCCGCCACAUGGAACAACGCGAGGAAGAUCUGUAACGAGGAGGGUGGCCAUCUCGCCAUCAUCAAUUCUCUCGCCGAGGAGCGUAUAUUGUUAAACUUAUUUAAUCAUUCCGGACCGAUCAGAGGUGCAGUGUAUCCAAAUGAGGCCUUUUUAGGCAUACAUGAUCUUUAUACGGAAGGCGAGUGGGUCUCGGUGUUAGGCGAUUCAUUGGCCAAAACUGGUUUUACCAUCUGGAGCGAUAAAUGGGGUGGACAACCCGACAACGGAGGCGGCAAACAGCACUGUGGUGCCCUCAUGAGAGAGGGUAGCAUGGACGACGUCGCGUGCGACGUACAAUUUCCAUUCUUUUGUGAACUUCCGCAGAUACGAGUUUUACAUUGAGAAAAAAAGCGGCGGUUCAGUACGCAUGUAAAAAUUAAGCGUAGCGUAAAAUUUAUGUGCAACAUCUUAAUGCGUUUAUGGCACUUAUUAUGCAUAUAAUAUGCGCUUGAGAAAGAUCCUUCAUAAAUGACGUUUGCAGAAUGCAGCCAUGAUAAACCAUGAGCGCACUAAGAUGUAUGUACAUCUUCUUUUAAUGUUUUUUAAAUAUUUAAUAUCUCGCUGGAAAUUCCAAGUUUCUGCCAUUUUCUACGAUAAGUCAUUCACCUCAAUAAAAUUACAAAAAAAAACACAAGUCUAAUAUAUAUAAUACAUCUUAUGUGUAAAUGUAACAUUUUCCUAGAUUUCUUUAGACUAUCGAAAAAUUUGUACCAUUUUUUUUCUAUAUGUACGUUCUACGUGUGUCUUUACUCUAAUAAAAAUGCAAACAGGUAAAUGACUUUUUGAUUAUUUAGUUGUAUUAUCAAUGUUAAAAUUAGCGAGUCUAGUUAGUUGCUUGUUUCUAUACAAUACAGUUGUAUUUCUGAAGUUUGGACAUUGCAAGUUUCCGCGUUGUACAACGGUACUAUUACGCGUUGAGUUAUGUUACGUGAGUUUACGGUAGGGUGAGAAUUUUGCGUUAAAAUAUUACCGCAAAAGUGCAACGAUUCGUAAGCGAUUAUUUACAAAUCAACAACAUGUCAGUUUGUUGAAUCCUUUUGUACCUUUGCGUUAAAUCGGAUCAAUAUUUUUAUCUGAAUCUCUAUUUUUACGAGAGUACUUUAACCUUACACGCUACAGCCAAAGUAUAACUUACGAACCUUCGCGAUUUAUGUUUAUAGGAAAUAUAGCACGCGCGUUACGUUUCGAAGAAUAAAGAAUUUAUAGAGGCAUCGAUAGAGAGUGCAGCAAUGCAAGCCGAUGUUACGAACGAUGUAAGCCGAUAUUUACGGCACAGCAGUAUAACUUGUGGUUUUUGAUUUUGCUGAAUCCUCGCUAAAUUGCGCUUGAAAUUGAGAAGCGCACAGAAAAUGAAGACGGAGCUAAUUUCAAAUGCAAUGUUAUACUUGUGCUGAAAAUCAUAGCACUAGAGAAACCAGACGACCAGCGAAACUAGACCGAAUAGGGGAUGAUAAUUACUAUCUUCUCAUUACAUACAAACUGAAAUAUUGAACGUAAAUAAUUAUUUACUACAAUAUGUUGAAAUUAUUAUAGAUACAAUAGAUAUGUAACAUGAACGUUAUUGUUUAUCGUGCAUUAUGUGGCUUUACAAUAUUAUUCCGCAAUUAAAAAUGUAA